AUGCUUCAGCGGGACUCGGGAUGCCGAGAUGUACUGCCAAUUUUUACUUUUGGUUAUUUGUAUGCUGCAGUGCUGCAGCAGUACGAAAUUCAUGCAAUUGACAAAUUCACGGGGUUCAGAGACGUUCGCUACUCUAUACUAGCUUUGAAGCCGUACACGCUGACUCAAGUUUCAGGCGCGGACUUCUGGGCUGGCGGAAAAGAUCUAUUCCGUAAAGGAAGACAUUAUACCCGCUAA